CAAAGACCCCGCAUCGCCCGUCGCCAAUCCAAAAUGGCGGCUGACAACUGAUCGGUAUUUUGUUCAUCGGCCGUUACCAAAGUGAAAACGAAAACAAAACCGGCCCUAGACCUCGUCCCAGUGCUCGAAGAUGUGCAACGUGACGUGAAAGUCGGCCCUUUCCGCCCUUCUCGCCCUCCGCCGCCCCCCUCGCGCUGAUGCUUUCCGGACAAUGGCGGUUACAAUACGUUGUUUUGAGUGCAUUUGUGUACGUGCGAGUGCUUCGCUCCGGCUUCGCCCCGAUCUAGAGUGUUGAUGUGUCGGCUGUCGCUGUUCAUUUGUCUAACUAUGAAUACUGUCAAUGCCGGCGACAACGUCUACGAUUUCAGCAAUGAGGAGAACUCGGCCAAGUGGAAAGGGGUGCUCACCGCCGCCCUGAAGAGGGUUCUAGAGCAAGUGCAUCCCUCCCUCGACGCCCGCGAUGACGCCCUCGAAUACGUCGAAAACCUCUGCCUCCGCCUCCUGGCGAUGCUCUGCGCCAAGCCCAGUCCGCACACAGUACAGGACGUCGAAUUCCGGGUACAAAGCACGUUCCCGACGCCCAUCGACAAGUGGGCGCUGAAGGAGGCCCAAGGCGCCCUGGACAGGGGGAAGAAGAAGUCGGUCCUGCUGCUGCCCGUUGACAAAAUUCACAGCCUGCUGCAAAAGGAAUUGCUGCUGUACAAGGUCGACUCGACUGUCUCUCUCUUUCUAGUCGCGGUGCUGGAGUACAUCUCGGCCGAUAUACUGAAGUUGGCGGGGAACUACGUGAAGAACAUCAAGCAUUUCGAGAUCACGUAUCAGGACGUGCAGAUCUCGAUGAACGCGGAUAAGGCGCUGAUGGACAUGUUCUACCAGGACGAGGGCGGGGGACCCAGUCUGCCGACCGAGUCGCUGAUGGUGUCGACGGCGCCGCGCACGAGCCUGACGUACGAGGAGGUGGUGCGGGAGCUGAUCGCGUCGGAGAAGGCGUACAUCAAGGAGCUGCACAUGCUGAUCAAGGUGUUCCGCGAGGAGAUAAUCAAACUGGGCUCGGAUCCGAUCGAGAUCGAGCUGAUAUUUUCUAAUAUUAUGGAUAUUUAUGAGCUCACGUAUACUCUGCUGGGGAGUCUGGAGGACGUGGUGGAGAUGGCGCAGGAUCAAAUGUCGUAUAUUGGCAGCUGUUUCGAAGAACUGGCCGAAGCCGCCGAAUUCGACGUCUACAUCAAGUACGCCAAAGACGUGACGGCCCCCACCUGCCGGGAGACCCUCAACAACCUCCUCUCCAAACCGGAGGUGGAGAGCGCCCUCAUCACAGCCGGCCAAGGCAUGCGCUUAGCCCUCAAGUAUUACCUGCCGGCCCUUCUCAUGGGCCCCAUUCGGCACUGCUUUUCGUACCUCGAGUACAUCACGCUGCUGAGGGGGCUGUCGGUGGCGGAGGAGGAUCGGGAGACUUUGACACAAGUGGAGGGGCUGCUGAAGCCGCUGCAGAUUGCACUAGGACGUUGCGUACCGACCCCCGCUUUGUUGCGAAGUUGCUCGACUCCCUUUCUCCAGGUCAGGGCUCGGCGGCAAGCCGCUUUGGACAAACUCCACGAGAUCGAGAAGAAUGUGGAAAAUUGGGACCCGAAGGAUUUGGGGCAGUGUUGUAACGAGUUCGUUCGAGAAGAUGUAUUAUUGAAGGUGAGCUCCGGCAAGCGCCUCACCGAGCGCCGCGUCUUCCUCUUCGACGGCCUGCUCAUCCUCUGCAAGCCCAACACGCGCCGCCAGAGCUCCGUGCACCAGAACCACGCCGAGUGCCGCCUCAAGGAGCGCUUCUUCAUCCGCAAGGUCGAGAUCAUCGACCACCAGGACACCGACGAGCUGAAGAACGCCUUCGAGAUCGCCCCGCGCCACAUGCAGCCCUCGGUCAUCCUCUGCGCCAAGACCGCCGAGGACAAGAACUCCUGGAUGGCCGACCUCGUCAUGCUGAACACCCGCUCGAUGCUCGAGCGCAUCCUCGACAGCAUCCUCUCCGACAUCGAGAGGAAGCACCCGCUGAAGCUGCCGCCGCCGUCGCUCUACAAGUUCGCCGACCCCGACUCCGAGGACAACAUCAUCCUCGAGCCGCGCGAGAACGGCGGCGUGCCGCUGAUCAAGGGCGCCACGCUGUACAAGCUGGUGGAAAGACUGACGUACCACAUCUACGCCGACCCGAAGUUCGUCCGGACGUUCCUGACGACGUACAGGAGCUUCUGCUCGCCGAAGGAGCUGCUGGAUCUGCUCAUUGAGAGGUUUCAGAUUCCGGAUCCGUCGCUGGUGUACGAACAAGACUGCUGCGACACGGACAAGAUGCAGAAGAACAACCAGAGGGAGGACUGGAAGAAGUACAGGAAGGAGUACUGCCAGCCGGUGCAGUUCAGGGUUUUGAAUGUUUUGAGACACUGGGUCGACCAUCAUUUUUACGAUUUUGAGCGGGAUCCGUCGCUGCUGGUCAAACUGAAGAGCUUCCUGGAUAGCGUGAACGGCAAGAGUAUGCGGAAGUGGGUGGACAGCGUUUUGAAGAUUUUACACAGAAAGCAAGAAAACGAUUCGCAAAGACACAUCAAGUUCGCCUUCAACGAGCCGCCGCCUCCGAUCGAAUGGCACAUACCCUGCACGGAAUCCGACUACGGCAUUCUGACCCUACAUCCAGUGGAAAUAGCCCGACAAUUAACCAUCCUGGAGUUCGACCUUUACCGCAUGAUAAAACCCUCGGAGCUGGUGGGAGCCGUCUGGACGAAGAAAGACAAGGAGUCGUCCAGCCCGAAUUUACUCAAAAUGAUCAAACACACCACAAACGUCGGCCGCUGGCUGGAAAAAACCAUCGUCGAGGCCGAAAACUUCGAAGAGCGCGUCGCCAUAGUGAACCGCAUCAUCGAAAUCCUCAUCGUCCUCUACGAAAUCAACAACUUCAACGGCGUCCUCUCCAUAGUGUCCACGUGCGCGUCUGCGUCGGUCCACCGGCUCAAACUCACCUUCCAGAACCUCACCCAGCAGAACCGCAAAGCCCUGGAGGAGUGCCGCGCCGACGACCACUUCAAGAAAUACCAAGAGAAACUGCGCUCCAUCAACCCCCCCUGCGUCCCCUUCCUCGGCAUGUACCUCACCAACAUCCUCCACAUCGAGGAGGGCAACCCCGACUUCCUCCCCAACACCCAACUCAUCAACUUCUUCAAGCGGAGAAAAGUCGCGGAAAUCACCGGGGAGAUCCAGCAGUACCAGAACCAGCCGUACUGCUUCAGCGUGGAGCCGAAGAUCCGCCACUUCCUGGAGAACCUGAACCCGUUCGGGGACAUGGUGGACACGGAGAUCAGCAACUAUCUGUACCACAAGUCGCUGGAGAUCGAGCCGCGGGGGGUGAAGCAGGUGCUGAAGUUCCCCAGGAGGUGGCCGAAUUUGAGCUUGAAGAGCCCGGGGAUCAAGUCGAAGUCGACGAAGCAGCUGGCCACGGCGCUGAAUAACGCCAUCAACUCCACGUUGAAUUCGUCGAAUAUUAAGAGCGACGAUUCGAAGAGCGAGGAUUCGUCCAAGUCGGAUAACGAGUUCAGCGUGUUCGCGUCGGUGCAGCUGGGGACGUGCCAGAAUAGUCCGACGCUGAGUCCGGUGUCGCCGGCCGCCUCCAACCCGAUUCUCAACUGGGCCCCCAAGUCUAAUCACAGUCGGAAUUCGAGUGUGAGCUCGAUUUCGACGGGGUCGAUGCGCAAUCCGCCGCCGCCGCCCCCACAAAGCUCGAAAUACUCGCACCACAGCCAGAGCUCCAGCGGCUUGAACAGCCCCGGCCCGCACAGCCCCGCCUCCCCCGGCCCCGUCCCCGCCCCCUACGAGCCCAACAGCCCCCGUCUUCCCCUCACUCCACCCCCGCCGCCGCCGCCACUACCUCCGCGCCGGCGGCGCGACAGCCCCGAGAUCGGCUCGCCGUCGCUCAAAGCCAACGCGGACCACUCGUGGCGGGAGUGCUUCCCGCCGCCGCUGCCGCCCCGCCGCGGCGAACCCGGCUCCUCCCCCAGCUCCCACUUCCACCAGUCGCACCACUCCUCCUUCAACUCCUUCGGGGGCGGCACCAUGCCCCGACUCAACCCCACGUACACGUCGCAGCUGUACAUGAGGAGGCUGUCGGCGGUGCAGCCCCAGGUGCCGCGGAGGUCGGCGCCUGCGCACAGCACCGCCAACGGAGGGGCAAUAAUCCCGCAGAAUCAACCCUCGAGCAUAUCGCCCAGGUACGACUCGACCGUGGGGCAGACCACCCCCAGGUUGCCCCCGAGGCCGGCGGCGAGGUCGGCCGAUAUGGUCACCGGACCCAUGUUCCAGUAUCCGAGCACCACGACCACAUAGAAGGGGCGGGUGCGAAAGUGAGGUUAUGUUGUCUCAGAUAAAUAAAGAUUGGUGACGAGUUUCUGAUAGAAAUUAUAAGAAGUAAAUGACGGGUUGGGGUUAAAACGAGACGAGGACGACGACGACGAGAUUGCAUUUAUUUAAAUGUAAAAAGAAAGAAAGUGUAAUGACAUAACCUCACUUUUUCAGUCACCACGAACUACCCUAAUAAACCGAAAUGUGGCCCCGAAGGCCAAACCAAGGCAAGCAAACACGGUCGAGGGGCCCUGUUCAACUACGCAAGCAAGCAAGCACCACAUUUACGACAGACGGUCGGGGUGCAAGUGAGGUUAUGUUGUCUUCGAAAAAAUGGAAAUUUUGACUUGCUUUUUUUCGUUUCUUUGAUACAAAUUUUGUAACGCGCGCUUCAGAGCUUAUAGGGACCUACAUCCGGCAGUUACACGAUUCUGGUGAAACAGGUGCUUCCAAAUGACAUAACCUCACUUUUCCGGCCGGCUGAAACUAACCCAACAUCGCAAUUUUUUGAAAUUUUGUAGGUAUUGUUGGUUUCUCGAGUAACGCACAGGUGACACGUUGUACAAACUUGUUGUAUUUAUUACGUAUUUUAUGUAAGUAUGAAGUGUUGCAGUAAGUUAUAGAUUCGGUGGUGUUUUUUCCUCUCCCACAUCUGUACAUUGUGUAAAUAUUGUAAAAUACUGUAAAUGUAUAAAUAUAGUUGCCAAAAAGUGUAAUAUGGUAAUCAACCAAACAUAAAGUUUUCUAUGUUGAAUUUUUUAUGAUGAAAAAAAACUUGAUAUGGUGCGAUUGAUCCGACUUCAAUCACGCUAUCUCAAGGUGGAAGGAAUUGUUAAAGUAUAGAUGUUCUAUUUUGAGUUUCACGUGGUUGCGGACGUGCCCGAAGCCGGACAAGUCCGCAACCGCCCGUUAAAUUGAUGAUUUUUUAAUCUGUGAUAGUAGAAAAAGGACCAUACUUUGUAAAAAAAAAUAUAUAUUGUAUGACCUUCGAUAUAAGUACAAUAAAUGUAUCAAUGUAA